CGUCUAGCACAGAGAAACCCAUUAUGGAAUACAAAUUGAUAACUGAGGACCGUUUCGACGAUGUCGUUGCACAUUUAAGUACCAAUUUCUUUGCCGAUGAGCCGUUGAAUAAGGCGGCGGGUCUAUGUCGACGCGGGGAGGGUCAUCGAGAAUUGGAGCAGCUUUGCUAUGAGACACUUAAGGAUAAUUUGAGUUUAAUGGCUGUGAACGAGAAUAACGAUAUCGCUGGUGUGCUGCUCAACGGUGUUGUCUAUCCGCAAGAUAUCCUGCAAGCUCACGAGCGUAUCGAACUCAGUGAUGAUGAACGCUAUAAGAAAAUAUUUCGUUUAUUAAAUGAACAUAAUCUGCGUGCAAAUAUAUUUGGAAAUUUCAAUGUAGCACGUGCCUUUGAGGUGCGUAUGCUUUCGGUGGAUGGACGCUUUCGUGGACAGGGUAUUGCUAAAGAGCUAGUGCGGCGUAGCGAGACAAUCGCAAGGGAUUUUGAGUUUAAGCUCAUGAAAGCCGAUGCAACAGGAAUUUUCUCACAAAAAAUUCUGAAAUCAAACGGUUUCAAGGUACUGAGCGAAUUCUACUAUGAUAAGUAUACAGAUGAAUUUGGUAAACCAAUAUUGUUGGUGGAGGCACCGCACAUUAAAUUGCAGCUGCUAUACAAACUGUUGGAAUAAGGUGCAUAUACAGGUAUGAAAAAACUGAGUUUAAAGUGAAAUAAAAUUAAUAAAAAAAUAUAUAAUACAAAAUGUUUUAAACAGAAUAAUAAUAAUGAAAAAUAACAUAAAAUAAUAAGAAUAAUAAAUAUAUUAAAUACAAAAAGAUUUAAACAGAAAUAAUAUUAAUAAAAAAUAACAUAAAAUAAUUUAUUAAAACUUUAACGACGGCACAGUAUUCCACUAAUAUGUGUAGAUAAAAAAAUAUAUACAUACAUACAUAGUUAUAGUUUAAAGUUAUAAAUUAUGUGUCAUAAAAAGAGUAAAACCACUAUAAGAACGCAGUUAUUUAUACUAAUAGACCGCAUUAAAAUAAGUGUAUAUUAACGGCGCAGACAAUUAUUUAUAAGAAACACAUUUUUAUUGCCAUAAUCGCAUAUUUAUUAGUAUGUAAAUUAUUUAUUAACCAACUUUAGUGCAAAAGCCAAGCAUGUAGGCUAUAAUUAAAUAUAAUUUCAUAUACAUACACGCAGAUAUACAUAUAUAUAUUUAUUAAAAUAUACGAAAAAUAUUAUUUUCUAAAAUUUUUAAUACAAUGAAUACAUACGCACUGGUUAAAUGUUGCAAUAAAUACUUUAUAACCGCGACAAUAAAACAAUUUUGUAUGCGCGAUGUUUCUACUUUUCUAGCUGGAAGUACGGAUGUACUAAAAUAAAGAUAUAAAUUAUACUAUUAAACGAUAAAGACAUACAAAUAUAUGUUUAAAUAUAUGUAAGUGCAUGAGAUUUCGUACAAAUGCGUAGGUACAAUUGUAUGCAGCGUGCAGACUGCAAAUAUCUAAAUAAUAAUUGUUACCAUAAAAAUGUCUUACGAAUAAAAUAACAAAUAUUGAAAACAGCUUAAAAAUACUUUAAAUAACCGGUAACAGAUAAUUUAUACAAUUUGGAAAAAUUCGUUGCUAUUCAGAACAACAUACAUAUAAAUAAUAAUAUAUUUGUUUGUAAUAAAAAUAAAUAAAUAGUUA